CAUGGGUUCCGGAUCUCUUCCUGCCUCUGCGGCGUUUUAACCGUUUUGAAAAAGUGGGGGGGAAUCGUUCGAUGUCGUUUUAAACGCCGUCCCCACCCCCUCCCCCCUGGAUGUGAAGCAGUCUCGUUGGGACCAGCAAAGAGCCAACGGCAAAGCAGGAUAGAGGGAGAACUGCAUGGUCGAGAUAGUUAGUCCUUUGCUUUGAAGUGCCAGUGGCGACCAUGUCUUUAGCUGUCCAAGCAAAAGUUGAAGAUUGCCAAAAUCACUGUCUCCCUGAUUAUCUCCUGCUGAUCAAGUCAAUCAAAGAAACUGGGCCCACAAUUGUGGGCGACGAACACUCGGAUGAAGAACUUAUGAGAUACCUCGGAGCUGAGAAAACGACUAUGUUAGGAAGUAACUUUUCGGAAUUUCGUGUGAGAGAUCCUCCACGGCUGGUGCUGGACAAACUGGAGGCAAUUGGCUAUAGUGUGAUCAGCAUGACCGGGUUAGGACAGACACUAGUCUGGUGUCUGCACAAAGCUUCGGAUAAAUCUUAGCCAAAUGGAAUCUCUACCAUUAUACCACUAGACUGAAUGGAUAUCAAGACAAGAUUAUCGCGCAUAUUGCUUAGAGACUUUCAUACAGCAUACAUUCCAUCAGAAAUGUUUCAAAGACUGAGGAUACACUAAUGUCCUCCAAUCCCUACUUUCUCGCAUUUCACCAAUUUUUAUGGAAUAUAGUCUUCAUCCGACAGAUAUCCUAAAUGUACACACCUUAGUGUUCGAUGUUGCACGGUUUGAUCAGAUUUAAGUCUCACUUAUCAGACACAUACACUUUGCAGUAAAUGCUAGCUAAUGAUCAAGAGCAUUUUUUUCAGAUUAACUUUACCCCCCUUCCUAGUACUGGUCACUAAGAACUACAAGCAGACAUGUUUAGUGACUAAACCUUAAAAAUCCAAAUGGCUUGUCACCAUAUUGAACAAUAUAAAUAACAGCUAAUAGGGAAGCUAGCACUACAAAGGCACCUGAAUAUUCAGUUUGAAAUCGAUAAAUCCUAUGGGAACGAGACUCCAAUUGUACACAACGCUUACUCCCUCUGUUGGAGUGUGAUUUCUGCUUAGUAGCCAACAAUGUCGUAAUAUUAUUGCAACAGGGAGCUUGUGGUUGAUGACCAGUGUUACACUGAGAUGUAGCUUGCCCAAUUUAUCCAGCUUGCUAAAGACAAUAAGCAGCUGUGCUGUUCAGCCCAGGGAAGUCCCACAUUCAAUCUCUUGCUGCUUCUAACCAAGAGUAAGGGAAGCAAAGAUUAACUGGAAAACCUACUGUUACCCAUCAUUCAGUGAUCCAUGCUGGGAAUGAGUGUUAUUUUCAAUGAGUGAAAUUGCUCAUGUCCUCUGCGGUUGAGCAACAACAUAUGUAAGAGUUAUUGUGUUUCAAAGGAAUGAAUUGUUCAGGAGGCACUUACUGAGAAUGAUGAGGUGCCAUAUAAAUGCAAGCUUUAUCUUUUUCUUUGCUGACGUUCACUGUUCAGUUUCACAAUGGAAUCAUGUCCUUUUGAAUGAGGGUCAAUUAAAUGAAAGGAUGAUAAUUUACAAA